GAGGGGACGCGGCAGGAAGGGGCAGAAAUUGAGAAAGCCCCUUUCCCACAAAGCCGCUGUGCAGAGGUCCCCUCUCCUCCGGCCGCGGCUGGAGUGCGGGGAGCUACCGCAGGCCCUGUAAGGGUCGAAAGGUGCGCGGUCUCUUUAAGGCAGGUUUCUCUUUUCUGAAGGAAGUGACGGGGAGGGGCAGGGGGGGGGUGGGAAUGGAAUGAAAAGUGCAAAACAGCCCCUGAGCACCGGAGUCCGGAGCCGCGGGAGACGCGGGAGGGCAGAGGCUACCUUGGAGCUGCGGAGUAUACACUGCGGGGUACAGUCUGUGUGUGAGUCCGUGCCACGCCUCCGGCGGCCCGCAGCUAAGCCCCCGAGGAGCGCUCUCAGGAGCCCCAAACUAGCCACCAACUUUGAGCGAAGUUUGUAGCGCCUCUCUCCGCCCUCAAGAUCCGUGCUGAGGCCGCAGAGGGCGGCGGUGGCCCACGGGGAUGCGCCCUUCAGGUUCUUGCGGACUCCCUACCGCGUCCCACGCGCUGCUAAUGCUGCUACCGCUUCUGGUGCCACUAUUGGGGGCGCCACGCGGCGUGAGCGCGGGGGCGGGCGCGCCCACUGAGCUUAGGGUCCGCGUGCGGCUGCCCAAUGGCCAGGUGACAGAGGAGAGCCUGCAGGCGGACAGCGACAACGACAGCAUCAGCCUCGAGCUGCACAAGCCCGACGGCACCCUUGUCUCCUUCAUUGCCGACUUCAAAAAGUAUGUGAAGAUCUUCCGGGCCUUGAUCCUGGGGGAGCUGGAGAAGGGUCAGAGACAGUUCCAGGCCCUCUGCUUUGUCACCCGGCUGCACCACAAUGAGAUCAUCCCCAGUGAGGCCAUGGCCAAGCUUCGACAGAAAAAUCCACGGGCAGUGCGUCAGGCUGAAGAGGUGAGGGGCCUCGAGCACCUGCACUUGGAUAUCGCUGUAAACUUCAGUCAGGGGGGCCUGCUGAGUCCCCAUCUCCACAAUGUGUGUGCAGAGGCAGUGGACACCAUCUACACCCGCCAGCAGGAUGUCAAGUUCUGGUUGGAGCAAGGUGUGGACAGUUCCAUCUUCAAGACUCUGCACAAGGACACAGAGCAGGCUUUGCUACCUCGCUGCAGGCAGGUGAAGGACCGAGGGAUGCCCUGUGUCUGUCACUAUGGCCUGAGCCUGGCCUGGUACCCCUGCAUGCUCAAGUAUUGCCAUAGCCGGGAUCGGCUGGCACCUUACAAAUGUGGCAUCCGCAGCUGCCAGAAGAGCUACAGCUUCAACUUCUACAUGCCCCAGAGGCAGCUGUGUCCCUGGGAUGAGGAUCCCUAGCCAGGCUGGGGUGAAGGCUCACCACUCCUUCUCCCAACCCCAGAGAGGCCUUAUUUCUCUCCUUCCCCUCCCUUCCUAUCCUCUCCCCUGCUCUCCACCCCUCCCUUUUCCUUUCCCUCCCUUGCUCUUCCCCCUUUCUCCCCUCCCCUAAUCCCAGAGCCUCUAGCCCCAUCACUCAUAACUGUGAAACGGGAUGUGGCUUGGCAGCUCCCACUCCCACCGUGUGCCUUUCUUGAGAACAGAAGAAAAGGUGGUUCUCUAUAUUGUACCCCUCCUCUCUUCCUUCAUCCCCCCCUUUCAAGCAACCAAAUUAUCAUGUCCUGUGAUUCUCUUAUUUAACUCUUUACAGAUUUAGACCCCAAAAGGUGUCUUUGCUUGUUUUACCCACCUCCCCACAUAAAACCACUCCCUAACCAUCAGGAAGAAGCUGGCCACUCUGUACUUUCAACUACCCGAGAAAGAGGGCAUUAUCGCCCCAGAGAGGGGGCUAUUGGGACAGAUACUGUAGCCCCUACACCAGAUCACAAUGCAUCCUACUUAUCACUGGCCUCCUAGGUCUCACUGGGACAAGUAGGAACCUCCCAGCUCUGAGAUAGAUCCCCUGUUCCUUUCCCCAGACUUGGCUACAAGAGCAGACACCACCUUUCCCCAUCUAAACAGAAAUAUGUUUGUAGGGUUCUUGGUCAGGAAGGGAGGAGCAUGAAGUAUGAGGAAAACUUGAAUUCCAGAUUUUUAAUGCAAAGUAUUUAUCAUUUCUACCAGAAAUAAAAGUUUCAAUUCUUA